AAUAUUUUUUAUGAUUGUGCGACGAUACGUAAAAUUGCCAUUUGAAUUAUUUGAAUUAUUUGAAAGAUGAGUGACGUCAGCAAUUCUAACCUAAUUGUAAUCUAACCUGUGAGAUCAUGAGAUGAAGCAUGGGGCACAGCAUAGGAAUACACAUUUACAAUACACGCGACGACGAGAUCUGCCGGGUGUUUAUGCGUGCAUACUGCAUUGUGAGAUUUGUGAGCUUGGCCAAGUUUAUCCCUGUCUGAGGGGACUAAGGCCGUUAUAGGAAAAGGAAGAAGAAGAAAGAGAAAAUAGUAAGAAAUUUCAUUUAUGAUGGAAGUGGAAGAGCAGAGUACCUCGACGAAGCAUGACGGGUUCGAAACUAUUGAGCAAAAAAUAAUCGCUCUUGCACAAGGGAGACCUAAAGGUAUCUCGGACAAGGAUCUAGCAGUUGAGGUGCCAGAUUUGCAACCAGAUCAACGAGCUCAGAUCAUAAACAAGCUUCUGGCCCAAGGGUACCUUGAUCUCUUAAAAAAAGGAAACUUACCGUUUUAUCGCUUGAAAGACCCAACGCUAACGAAACUCGUUAAAUGCGCUGACAAGGAGGAGAAGAUUGUGUACGAAAUUAUUAAAGAUGCAAAGAAUAAAGGCAUAUGGACUCGAGAUAUAAGACGAAAGUGUAAUUUGAUACAUAUUCAGUUACAAAAAAUUUUGAAGAGCUUGGAAAAUAAAAAGUUCAUCAAGGUUGUCAAACCCGUGGCGGCGAGUAAGAAGAAGGUAUAUAUGCUGUACAACCUGGAACCGGAUGAGUCUGUAACAGGCGGUGCCUGGUAUCAGGAUCAGGACUUUGAGACGGAAUUCGUCGACGUGUUGAAUCAGCAGUGCUAUCGAUUUCUGGAGCAAAAGAGGGAAAAGAUGAAGAAUUGCAACGCCGGACCUGUAGCUGCGAGAAACAUGACGUACGCCUCUUCCAUGGAAGUCUGGAAGUUUAUCUCGGAUUUAGGUAUAAGCAAGGUGACAUUAUCUGUGACUAACAUAGAAAUGAUAUUAAAUACCUUGGUUUACGAUGGUAAGGCUGAACGGAUAUUAGCGGCAGAUGGAAGUACUUUAUACAGAGUGGUUCAGCCUUUGCUGAAUUUACCUGGAUUGAUAAAAACCCCUUGCGGCUUGUGUCCAGUGAGAAAACAAUGCUGUGACGAAGGUCCUAUUACACCUGUCAAAUGUCAAUAUAUUAGAGAAUGGCUAGAAUAAAGAAUAGAAGACUACUAGAACAUUUCUAAUUAUUAUUUGUAUUAUAAUAUUUUAUUUAAUUAAAGAAGAUGUAUCAACUAA